AUGCUUCUAUCAUCAAAACAAACAGUCAUAAAUUGGGUCUCAUUCUCCAAGAAAGCGAUCGUCUCCACAUCAGCAUCAUUCACACCAUGGCAGAAACAUCUCAUCGUGGCUGUGAUCACUCUAUCUGCCUUUACCGCGCCGUUUGCAUCCUGCAUUCUCUUCCCCUCGUUCACCACUCUCGUGGAACACUUUCACACAACAGAAACGCAGGUAGCGUUGACAACGACGGUAUUCCUCUUAGGGCUGGCCGUGGCGCCCCUGUGGUGGAGCACGCUAAGCCAGCAAUACGGCCGCCGGCCAGUCCUAGUAGCCAGCUUCAUCCUCUCCACCAUCGCGGUGAUUGUCUGCGCCGCGUCCGACUCCCUCGCCCUGAUGAUUGUGUUCCGCUUGGUCGAGGCGCUGGGCUGUUCCUCCGCGCAGAGCGUGGGUGCGGGCGUGGUCGGUGAUGUCUUCCCGCCGACAGAGCGCGGAUCCGCCCUGGGGUGGUUCUACCUGGGCACGCUGAUCGGACCCCUGCUGGCCCCCAUUAUCGGCGGUGCGCUCCAGGUCUGGCUCGGAUGGCGCUCCAUCCUUUACUUCAUGGCCAUCUUCACCUUCAGCGCCGCCGUCAUCACCACGUUCUGCCUUCCCGAGACGCUCGUCAAGCCUACUCCCAACAACGAAACCCAGCAGCAGCAACAGCAGCAACGGUGGUACCAAGCCCUCAAACGGGACAUCACGGCCCCGCUCCCCAAGCUGAAAUUCCUGCUCGUCCCCUCCAUCGCCCUGACCAUCGCCUACAUCAGCAUCUGCUUCGCCAGCCUGUACUGCUUCAACACGACCCUGCCGUACGCCUACGCCGCCCAGCCCUACGACUUCUCCCCGAUCGAAAUCGGCCUCUGCUACAUCAGCAACUGCCUGGGAUACGCGAUCGGCAGCCUCGUCGGCGGCAAGCUGAGCGACGCCCAGCUGCGCCGGCACCAGGCCGCGCACGGGGGCAAGAUCCACCCGACCGCGCGCCUGCGCACGGUGUGGUACGGGGUAGGCUUUGUGCCGGCGGGGUUGGUUAUUUAUGGGUGGCUGGUCGAGCGCCAGGUGUUUUGGGUUGCGCCGCUCGUCGGCGCGUUUCUGUUCGGGCUGGGGUUGAUGCUCGUCACCUCUACGGUCAUGCCCUUCCUGGUGGAUGUACGGCCGGGCGCCGGUGCGGCUGUCGUUGCGGAUCUGAAUCUGGUGCGGAAUCUGCUGGCGGCGCUUGGCACGGUGGUCUCGCCGAUUGCGGCGUCGAGUAUUGGGUUUGGGUGGUGGAUGACGAUUUUGGCGGUGCUUUGUGCUUUGGCGGUAGGGUUCUUGGUUGUUGUAGUUUGGAGGGAGUCGAUGGAGGGGAAGGUCGAGGCGGAUAGUGGGGUUGUUUGA